AUGGCUCCAGGCUACUCUUAUCUCCCUAAAUUAGACCUCAAGGACAUAUCUGUCGAAGCCGCUGCAUUCGGGCAGCUCAAGCCUGCCUCGAAUAAAGUUUCUGACCACAGUGUCCAAGCAGGUCAAGCUACCGAUUCAUCCUCUCCAUCAUCCCAGUCGAGUGACUCUAUCAGAUCAAGCUCCAGUAGUGAGCCAGACACACCGGCCAGCACGACCAACCUUCUAGCCAACGAAAACAACAUGCCUCAACAAAUGAACUCCCUCCAACGCGCCCUCACCGAAGCCCAAAAAGAAAAAAACAAGCUCGCCCAGCGUUUGGGCCAAGAACGCAAGCGGAACAGAUACCUCCUCCUGCGCAUCCAAGGGGACCGUAUUGACCCGGCGGUGAUCACUCUCUUGGCCUGUCGCUUGGCCGAACAUGGCGGAAAGGAGACAGACCAGAGCAAUGGUGUCGCGGAGGUGGCGGCUGCGUUGAUUGACGAAGUCGAUCGAGCGAAAGUGUGUGGGGAUGGCAAAGACGGACAGAUGGUCGUGGUUGAGGACGAUGUGGAAGCAGCGAGGAGAGACUGGAAUGAAGGCAAGGAAAUGAGAAUCUGGAAUUUGGAAGGCGUCGUGCAGGUAAUGUUUAGCCGGGUCGACAGUCUAGAGCUAGAGGUGUCCAAGCUGAAACGAGAAAGAGGGCGAGAGACCAGUUUGGGAAUGAGUUGGACCGGGGAUAUGGAAUGGGAUGAGGAGCAAGAGACGCUGGAGUUGGUAGAAAGCACGGCGAGCCAAUUAAGCCGACGUUUGGAUAGAUUGGAGAGUGACGUGUCCACCCUCAAAGAGUGA